AUGGCGGCACAUCAUUGGGAAGCUCUGACAGGGGCUUGCAAAGCUUGGACUGGAUCUAGGUCAUCAGCACGGCUGCAGGGUCUCUUCUGA